AAACAGAGAUGAAGAACAAUGGGAUUUCAAAUAAUUACUAUUUUUUUAGAGUACAUUUAAAGUAUAUUCCACCGACAUCUAAAUACCUCUGAGUUUCCACUGAUCAUAUGACACAAAGAAUGGAGAAAGAGAGAAACAAGACCGGUAGCAGGAACCCAAAAGCAAUAUCUCAAUCUAACAGCAAUCUUCUACUUAUAUUCUUCUUGUUGGUUCAUUGGGUGCCAUUGAUUAGUGGAAAGGAAGUGAAAGAAGAAGUCGUUGGCUAUGGCUACAAAGUUGGAUCUGUUAACUCUGGUUUCACAGGCAAGUCGUUGACUGCUGAUCUUAGUCUUAUCAAGGAAUCCUCAGUUUAUGGAGAUGAUAUCCAACAUCUCAGUCUUGUUGCUAGCUUUGAAACUAAGAAUCGUUUGAGAGUCAGAAUAACAGAUUCCAAAAACCAAAGAUGGGAGAUCCCAGAAGACAUCGUUCCCCGGGAAGGCCACUCUCCGGAAAACUACCUGCAUUACUCUCCAUUAAAGCAUAGAGUCUUGCUAGAAAACAACCUCCUCUCUGACCCCAACUCGGACCUGCUUUUUACCCUGCACAACACCACCCCUUUCGGCUUCACCAUCACCCGAAAGUCCUCCGGUGAUGUUCUUUUUGACACAUCGCCGGACACGUCCAAUCCCGACACUUUCUUGGUCUUUAAGGACCAGUAUAUCCAGCUGUCUUCCAGGCUUCCUAUAAAGAGGUCAUCUUUAUACGGUCUAGGAGAGCACACCAAGAGCACUUUCAAGUUGAAGCCUAAAGACGCAUUCACCUUGUGGAAUGCUGACCUGGGCAGUGCUAAUAUUGAUGUUAAUCUCUACGGUUCUCACCCCUUCUACAUCGAUGUAAGAUCAGCAUCGGCUGAUGACAAAGUAAAGGCAGGGACUACUCAUGGUGUUUUACUGUUUAAUAGUAAUGGCAUGGACAUAGUUUAUGGAGGUGAUAGGAUAACUUAUAAGGUUAUUGGUGGCAUUAUUGAUUUGUACUUUUUUGCUGGGCCAUUGCCGGAUAUGGUGAUAGAGCAGUAUACUGAGCUAAUCGGCCGGCCUGCCCCAAUGCCAUAUUGGUCAUUCGGGUUUCAUCAAUGCCGAUACGGUUACAAGAACAUUUCUGAUGUUGAGGGUGUGGUUGCUGGAUAUGCAAAAGCUGGUAUACCUCUUGAAGUCAUGUGGACAGAUAUUGAUUACAUGGAUGCAUACAAGGACUUCACAUUUCAUCCUACAAAUUUUCCCUUGGAAAAAAUGAAGAAAUUUGUCAAUACCCUUCACCAAAAUGGUCAGCAAUAUGUGCUCAUCUUGGAUCCUGGCAUCAGUGUGAACUCAUCAUAUGAAACUUACAUCAGAGGAAUGCAGGCUGAUAUUUUCAUUAAACGCAAUGGCAUUCCGUACCUGGGUGAAGUUUGGCCUGGAAAAGUCUAUUUUCCUGAUUUUGUAAAUCCUGCUGGCCUAGAGUUUUGGGGUAAUGAGAUAAAAAUGUUUCGAGAGCUUCUCCCUGUUGAUGGUCUCUGGAUUGACAUGAAUGAGAUAUCAAAUUUCAUCGAUCCCACACCCACCCCAUCUUCUACCCUGGACAACCCACCCUACAUGAUUAACAAUGCUGGUGUUCGUCGGCCGAUUAAUAAUAAAACUAUUCCAGCAACAUCUCUACACUUUGAUAUCAUGACAGAGUACAAUGUUCAUAACCUCUAUGGCCUCUUGGAAUCAAAAGCCACCAAUGCUGGUCUGAUCAAUUCAACUGGUAAAAGGCCAUUCGUACUUUCUAGAUCAACUUUUGUUGGCUCCGGAAGGUAUACGGCACAUUGGACUGGAGACGAUGCUGCUACAUGGGAUGACUUGGCAUACACUAUACCAUCAAUUCUGAAUUUUGGACUGUUUGGAAUUCCAAUGGUUGGUGCUGACAUAUGUGGCUUUUCAGGAAACACAACUGAGGAGCUUUGCCGGCGUUGGAUUCAGCUAGGUGCCUUCUACCCCUUCGCAAGAGAUCAUUCGUCCAUAGACACAACGCGUCAAGAGCUUUAUCUCUGGGAUUCUGUUGCAGCAACAGCCAGGAAGGUGCUUGGCCUGCGAUAUCAGCUGCUUCCAUAUUUCUACACAUUAAUGUAUGAGGCUCACACAAAAGGGACCCCAAUAGCACGGCCUCUUUUCUUUUCAUUUCCUCGAGACACCAAAACUUAUGAAGUCAACUCACAGUUUCUUAUCGGUAAAGGUGUAAUGGUAUCACCAGUAUUGAAGUCAGGAGCUACUUCAGUCGAUGCAUAUUUUCCAGCAGGAAACUGGUUUGAUCUUUUUAACUACUCUAAUUCAGUUUCUGUAAGUUCCGGAAAGUACAUCAAUCUUGCUGCACCGGCAGAUCAUAUUAAUGUUCAUGUUCACGAAGGAAACAUCUUGGCCUUGCAACAAGAAGCCAUGACGACAAAAGAAGCUCGAAAAACAGCUUUCCAUCUUUUAGUGGUUCUGAGCAGCACUGGAAACAGCACAGGGGAAUCAUUCUUGGAUGAUGGGGAGAGCGUGGACAUGGGAGGGGUGGGGAAGAAUUGGAGUUUGGUGAAAUUUUCUGGUGGAAUAGUAGGGAAUAGAGUAGUAGUUGGAUCAAAUGUCAUUAAUGGAGAAUUUGCUGUGAGUCAAAAAUGGAUUAUAGAAAAAGUGACAUUCUUAGGAUUAGAGAAAACUAAAGGGCAGUUUGAUGUACUUGAGAUAUCUGGGCUUUCUCAGCCUCUCGGACAAGAGUUCAACUUGGAGAAGACAUUUUAGAAUGCAGGAAAUGAUCACUGCUGUCUACUAGAAAGUGAAAAAACAAUAAGAGACUGUAAUUGCCAGUUUGGAGAAAUGUUAACUGUGCUUUUACUUAAAAAUAUAUUAAAAUAAUUUUAAUUUUUUUAAAAAA